AUGUCCGGUACUCAGUAUAUCCCUCACAUACUAUACUCAACAGCCUUGACCUCAAUUUCUAUGCACUUGCUGUGGCAGAGAAAAACGGCUGACGAAGACCGAGCAAGGUUCAAGGCUCAAACUUCCAUUCUGCAAGACCUCAUUGAGCAACUUCGUUCGGGCAAGCCAAUAUCUGACGAAGAGAUUACGAAGUCGCGUAACCUUGCCUGUAUACACGGAGAGGGAAAACAGUCGCCCGACAAGGACAGAACUAACAUUGGAUGGACGGAUGUGUUAUGGGGCCGAAAAACGCCUGCAGACCUUGGUGUCAGUGAUGAAUGGGAACGAAAAGAUCUGGAGCAAAUACGGAAAGAAAUCGAGGCAGAGAGUUGA